UCUAUUGAGACGGACGCAUUCGCAUCCAGCUCAUCCUUCACUCACACAGGACGACUGAUUGUAGGUCUGGACUUACAGGCUGCCGAGUUAGGCCUACCUUGCUCAAAUUUCUAAAUAAGAUGGCUUAUUUCUCGAUUAAUAUCACUGCAUUGAUUACUUUUCUUGCCACGGUGGCGGUUUUGUCAAGUUUUAGGUGUGAACGAGGCUGGAACUUCUAUGAGAAGAACUGUUAUCUGCUCACCAAUAUAAAGACGAAUUGGACAAAUAAUAAAAUAUUCUGUGAAGAACGAAACGCAAGCCUUACGUCGAUUCACAAUGACUCGGAAAACAAGUUCGUAGCUAAACUCUGCAGCAAGUCUAAUAAUAAUAGAUAUUGCUAUAUUGGCUUACGCAAAGCAAACCAGUCGGCCAACUUCUCCUGGAUCGACGGUUCAAACUCGACAUACAUAUGGCCUCCUUGGAAAAAACACAACAAAAAUAUUUCGGAAGAUAAGGACUACGUUGUAUCAAUUGAUGCAAAUACAACUAAUUGGCUGAGAAAUAAACAACACCGGCCGAAGAAUAGCUCCUACGAAAAUAGAAACGCCGUGUGCAAACAAGCAGCAAUUGACGACACAACCGAUACUUCAACAACAAUCAUUUAUGAAUAUGUAACAACAACGGAUGCAGAAAAACUCAUUACAACGGCAAAAUCAACCACGGGUGCAGAAAUCACUAAGACGGUAAAAUCAUCCACCGAUACUUCAACAACAAUCAUUUAUGAAUAUGUAACGACAACAACGGGUGCAGAAAAACUCAUUACAACGGAAAAAUCAACCACGGGUGCAGAAAUCACUACAACGAAAACGAAGACUGCACCAGACAAUUUUCAACGGUAUACACUCGAUGAUCUUCUAAAUACAGGAAGGAAAGGAAAACCAAAGCUGCAUUGGUUAAUCUUGGCGGCAUCUACAAACGGCAUUGACCAGUCGCUUUUGGAUUGGGUUCCUCCCGGAAAACAAAAUCAGACAAUAUUGAAAUAUCUAAGUAAGCAUUUCUUUUUAAAUAUAGCACCUAACCGACACCGUUCAGUUCCAAUUGCCAGGCUAUUGUGA